UCUAGAACGAACAUUUACUUCGUCGUUAUCAUUUGCCAUCAUAUACUGUGUAUUUGUCUUUGUGAAUGUGUUAGAGCAGUGUGUUUUUGAUUAAAAACAACCUCGACUUCAACGUUAUGACUAACAUGGCCAAUAAGGAAAAUCGUGAUGAGGAGAAGGAUGAAAAAAAUCUGAUGCAUAUAAAGCGUGCAUCAACGGACAAGCUGCGGGAAAUAUUCACCAAAUAUGCGACGCAACAAAUCAACGGCGAGCUGCUCAUGACCAGCGAGGACUUCGUAAAGAGCUUUCUCGGACAAUCGUACAAUGAGGAGUCCACCAAACUGAUCGCCGGCAUUGCCGACACUAGCAAGGACGGACUUAUCUCGUUCGCCGAAUUUCAGGCGUUCGAGGGGUUGCUCUGCACACCGGACGCUCUGUACAAAACCGCCUUCCAGCUGUUCGACCGUAACGGUAACGGCUCGGUCACGUACAGUGAGUUUGUCGAUGUUUUCAAAAAGACAGAUCUGCACGCUAAAAUCCCGUUCAAACUGGACGGCCCUUUCAUACAGCUUUACUUCGGCAAGGAUCGGCAGCGUGAUAUAAAUUACGUCGAGUUUAGCCAGUUUUUGCACGACUUCCAUGAGGAGUGUGCGAUGGAGGCGUUCCGUUUGAAGGACACCUCUGGCUCCGGGUUUAUCUCGGCCCUCGACUUUCAGGAUAUCAUGCUAAACGUGAAGAAACACCUGCUGACGAAUGAAGUGCGAGAUAAUUUGGUAGCGGUUACUGAGGGGCACAGAGUGAGCUUUCCCUACUUUAUGGCAUUUAACUCGCUUCUCAACAACAUGGAAUUGAUCAAACGCAUUUACCUGAACGCCACGAGCGGUAACCGGCUCGAGCCGAUUACCAAGGACGAACUGCUGCAUUCCGCGCAAACGAUGAGCCAAAUCACACCGCUCGAAAUCGACAUCCUGUUCAAGCUGACCGGCGUGAUCCAUCAAAGUGGUACAUCGAUUUGGUGGCGGCAUAGCAAAACGAUAGACAAAAAUAGGCGCAUCGUGUACAAUGAUCUGAGCAACAUUGCUCCUGAGCAUUACAUUAAAAACAUAACCCAUCGGUUGGCAGAAAUCAAGGCCGUCGAAUCACCUGCAGAUCGAUCGUUCCUGAUUCAGAUGCUGGAGAGCACUUACCGGUUUACGCUUGGCUCCGUUGCCGGAGCUGUCGGUGCCACGGCCGUUUAUCCCAUCGAUUUGGUGAAAACUCGUAUGCAAAACCAACGCACCGGAUCGUUCAUCGGAGAAGUGGCCUAUCGAAACUCGUGGGAUUGCUGUAAAAAGGUUAUUCGCCAUGAGGGCUUUCUAGGACUGUACCGAGGAUUGGUUCCGCAACUGAUGGGUGUUGCUCCAGAGAAGGCCAUCAAGCUGACGGUGAAUGAUUUAGUGCGUGAUAAGCUGACGGAUAAGCAGGGAAACAUUCCGACCUGGGCCGAGGUGCUAGCUGGUGCUUGUGCCGGAGGAUCUCAAGUGAUUUUUACGAACCCACUGGAAAUUGUCAAAAUUCGAUUGCAAGUCGCGGGUGAGAUUGCGGGAGGUGCCAAGGUUCGCGCCCUCAGCGUAGUACGUGAACUUGGCCUGUUCGGACUCUACAAAGGGGCUCGGGCCUGUUUGUUGCGAGACGUGCCGUUCUCCGCCAUAUACUUUCCGAUGUACGCACAUACGAAGGCGGCUUUUGCUGACGAGGAAGGCUAUAACCAUCCACUGACACUGCUGGCAGCUGGUGCCAUCGCGGGUAUUCCAGCAGCCUCGCUUGUUACACCAGCGGACGUUAUCAAGACGAGACUGCAGGUGGUGGCGCGUACUGGCCAGACGACCUACAACGGAGUGAUGGACGCCGCGCGGAAAAUUAUGGCCGAGGAGGGCCCGCGUGCCUUUUGGAAGGGAACAGUUGCUCGCGUGUUUCGGUCGUCCCCGCAGUUCGGUGUAACGCUGGUGACGUACGAGUUGCUGCAGCGCAUGCUGUAUGUCGACUUCGGAGGAUCGCGUCCGGCCGGCUCUGAUGUGGCGAAGUCGAAGGUCGAUGUAGCACGGCUAAAUCCGGACCACAUCGGUGGCUACCAGGCGGCCCUGCCCAUGUUGAAUGGCAUUGAGACAAAGUUUGGCCUAAGCCUACCACGUUUCGGUAGCACGGUGCUCAAACGCCAAGCCUCAUGAUAAGGCUGGCACGCACUCCUGAGAGGCCUGCUGGCGCUGCUGUUGUUACUGCAUAUUUCCUACAGAACAGAACACAAAUUAUAUCUUGUACGGUUAUUACUAUUACUACUUUUGCUGCUACGACUUGUGUUACUACAACCUUCAUGGCAACACAUAUUACGAAUUUAUUCGCCUUAGCGAACGCACCGUUCGCUAGCAGUGAGAGCCGCGUGUUGUCACUCACUACCAGUCAUCUUUUACACAGCAAUCACGGCAUUUUUUGGAUAAGUUUUGUUGUCGACCAAAGUCGAUGAAGGAUAUCGAAAUGUAAGCUGUUUGCCAUUUUGCCUAGCAUUUUGCUGUGCGCCAUCGGCUCUAGAGGAUAGGUGGCACUUUGCAUAACAGGAACGCACGCGUCUGCUCACAUAGCUACGUUAUUAUGAGAUGUAUGCAUCCACAGACACCACGAGCACAUUAUCUCGCCAUUUCGAAGCGGAGAGCAUGUUACUGAGCAUCGUGUGGUUUGUGAUGAUAUACUACUAUAGUGCACGAUACCAAACGAUCGUGAUGAAGAUGAAACAAGCGUGAAUAAAGAAAAACGGGCAAAAUAACAAAAUCACCUCAUCGCUAAGUAGUCCGAUAAGUAGACAAAUAAAAUUAUUAUUAUAAA